UUGCCUUUUCUUCUCCAUUUUCAUCCUCAAUUCCAAUUUUCUAGGCAUAUGGAAGAUGAAUAUGCAAAACUUAUCAGGAGGAUGAAUCCACCAAGAGUUAAAAUCGACAACAGCUCUUCCCCAGAUGCAACGGUUAUCCAGGUUGAAAGUGUGAACAAGCAUGGUAUUCUACUGGAAGUCGUUCAACUUCUUGCCGAUUUAAACCUCAUCAUCAAAAAAGCCUAUAUCUCAUCCGAUGGAGGCUGGUUCAUGGAUGUGUUUAAUGUCAUUUGCCAAGAUGGAAUCAAAAUUAGAGAUGAAGGGAUGAUCCAUUAUAUAACAAAGGUGCUUGAAAAUGAUGCAUUUUAUGUUCCAUCACUGAAUGGUUCAGUUGGAUUGAAGCCUUCUGAAGAUUACACAGCAAUCGAACUAGCUGGAACAGAUAGACCUGGUUUAUUAUCUGAAGUGUCUGCAGUUCUGACGCAUCUUGGAUGUAACGUGGUCAAUGCUGAAAUAUGGACCCACAAUGCUCGAGCUGCGGCCGUUGUCCAUGUCACAGAUGAUAAGACCAGAUAUGCAGUGGAAGAUCCAAAGAGGCUCUCGACUAUACAAAAACUGCUUUCUAAUGUUCUUAAGGGAAACAAUGACUUGAAGGCUGCAAAAAUGACACCUGGUUUCACCCACAGACAGAGAAGAUUGCAUCAAAUCAUGUUUGCUGAGCGGGACUACGAAAAGUCAGAAGAAGAAGAAGAAGAAGCAGAAGAAGAAAAGGAAGAUGGAUCAAGGCCACAGGUUACUGUUUUGGAUUGUGCUGAGAAGGGUUACACGGUUAUUACUAUGCGGUGUAGGGAUCGGCCAAAGCUGUUGUUUGAUAUUAUCUGCACGCUAACUGACAUGCAAUAUGUAGUGUUCCAUGGAGUGGUCCACACAGGGGAGAUGGAAGCUUAUCAGGAAUAUUACAUUCGACAUGUUGAUGGGACUGCAUUAAGCUCAGAGGCAGAGCGAGAGCGUGUUAUGCAAUGUCUGGAAGCUGCAAUUGAGAGGAGGACAUCUGAAGAGGCAGUAGAGCUAGAAUUGUGCACAGAAGACCGUGUUGGACUUCUUUCUGAUAUAACCAGGAUUUUUAGGGAAAAUAGUUUAUGUAUAAAAAGAGCAGAGAUUACAACUGAAGGUGGAAAAGCGAAGGACAAGUUUUAUGUGACGGACAUGACGGGUAAUGGCCCUGUGGACCCGAAGACUAUAGAUUCGAUCCGAAGAGAAAUGGGGCAACACACAACGCUGGAUGUUAGAUGGAAGUGUAGUGAAUUAGCAAAGCCGCCAGCUGAAGAAACAAGAAUGAGCUUUCUGUUUGGAAACUUGUUCAAAUUCCAGACAUUGAAAAUUGUUGGAUCCUACUCCUGAGCAUCAUCUGCAUAUAUAUAUAUAUAUAUAUAUGGUUAAAGAAAGUGGAAAGAGUGUACAUUUUAGAAUUGGGAUGUGGGAUGAAGGAUUGGAGAGGAGACUGUAAAGAGACAGUUAUAGGUUGUGUAAAUAAAAUGGUAAAGUUGGUUGUCAUCUUCUUUUCUUUUUCGGUAUGUACAUAAAACAUGAAUAUGAUGCAGAUUUUAC